CUUGUUCAGUUCCUUGCAGAGCACAAGCUACUCGGGCAGAUAAAAAAUGUGGCCAAGACGGCCAGUAAGGAUCAGCUGAUCACCGCCUACAACCAGCUCUUUGAAACAAAGAGCUUUAAGGGCACCGAGAGCGCAGACCAAGUGUCGGAGCAGGUGAAGAAUGUCACAAUCCACGAAGACAAGCCCAAAGAAGCAAAGCCCGAGGAAGCUGUUUGUGAGGGGCCCCCCAAGUAUACAAAGUCUGUUCUGAAAAAGGGCGAUAAAGUCAACUUUCCCAAGAAGGGUGAUGUCGUUCACUGCUGGUACACGGGGAAGCUAGAAGAUGGAACAGUCUUCGACACAAAUAUUCAGACAGCUGCAAAGAAGAAGAAGGCAUCCAAGCCGCUGAGCUUCAAAGUUGGUGUUGGGAAAGUGAUCCGAGGCGUAAGUAUGCCGUGGGGCAGGCGCAGUUGGAGUCCCCCUGUCAAUCUCCCAGCUGUUCCCGUUGUUGGCAGUGACGUUUCCCAGGCGGCUGAUAAGCCCAGUGCCUUUCUUUCCUCUAUCUUCUGAGGCAGUGUUUUCCAA